CGUGACGCGUCAGCAGAGUAGUUUCUCUGUUUGAUUUUCACUUUCAUUCACUUUUGAAGUAGGUCUUCUAGUGAUUUCCUCUAACGGAGCGUGAGAAUGGAGAUCUACGGCCUUCUCUCUGAGAAUAAUGUACCAGUGCCUCUGAAGAGCAUCUCGGUGCAGGUUCGGGUUCAGGAUCAUGUAGCCACAGUCUCCUCCACUCUGCAGUAUGUGAAUGAGGAAGAGCGCCCCCUGGAGGCCUUGUUCGUCUUCCCUCUGCCUGCUGAUGCUGCUGUCUGCCACUUCAGUGCCAAGAUCGGAGAGCAGGAGAUUGUGGCGGAGGUGCAGGACAGAGAAAGCGCGAGGGAUCAGUAUGAUGAUGCUGUGAGUUCGGGUCAGCAGGCGUUUCUGUUGGAAGAGAGCGCUGAGAGUCCUGAUGUGUUCAGACUGAGUGUGGGGUGUCUGUCGGCGGGUCAGAACGCUGCUGUCACCAUCAUCUACAUCACUGAGCUCGCUGUGCAGGCCGACCACUCGCUGCGCUUCUGUCUGCCGGCUGUACUCAACCCUCGAUACACACAAGCAGGUUCAGGUGCUGGUAUCGUCUCAGAGAUUUCAUCAGGAUGUGGAGCUGUUCCCUACACGCUGACUCUCAGUGUUCAUGUGAGCUCUCCAAAGCCCAUCUCCAAACUAGAGUCCAACUGCUCUCUGGAUCCUCUAGUGUUCCUGCAGUCUGAUCACACUCAGGCCACGGUGAAUCUGAGUCCUGGUCACAUGUUUGAUAAGGACUUUGAGCUGUUUGUGUUCUAUCAGGAUACCCAUCAGCCCUCUGCUAUAGUGGAGGCAGGAGUGACCACUGCCCCGCCAGGCUCUCUGAUGAGAGACCCAGUGGUCAUGAUAAGUUUGUACCCAGAGUUCCCAGAGGACGUAAAGAAAUCACUGGCAACUCGAGGGGAGUUUGUUUUUGUGAUUGACAGAUCAGGCAGCAUGGGCAGCAUGAUGCAUUAUGGGAAAAGAGCAAAGAUGCGCAUUGAAAGUGCAAAAGACACUCUGCUGUUACUGUUGAAGAGUCUGCCCAUGGGAUGCUACUUCAAUAUCUAUGGAUUUGGCUCUCAUUUUGAGUCCUUCUUCCCUCAGAGUGUCGUGUAUAAUCAGGAAACAAUGGAUCAGGCUCUGAAGAGAGUGAAGGAAAUGAAAUCAGACAUGGGCGGCACUGAGAUUUUAAAGCCUCUAAAACACAUCUACAGUCAGCGCUGUCACCCCGAUCACCCCAGACAGCUGUUGGUCUUCACUGAUGGAGAGGUGGGAAACACUAAAGAGGUGCUGGACCUGGUGAAAAGUCACGCUCACUCUCAUAGGUGUUUCUCGUUCGGGAUUGGUGAGGGUGCGAGUGCCGCCCUCAUCACAGGAAUGGCCAGAGAGGGAUCUGGUCACGCUCAGUUCAUCACAGACACAGACCGCAUGCAGCCCAAAGUGAUGCAGUCGCUCAGGUUUGCUCUGCAGCCCGCUGUGGUUAAUAUCUCUGUGGAUUGGACCCUUCCAGAUGGUCUUAGUGUUGAAACACUGUCUCCUCCCAUCAAUGUGCUCUUCCAGGGUCAAAGGACACUCAUUUAUGCCCAACUGAAAGGAGAGAGUUCAGGAGGCUCUGAGGGAACUGUGACCGUCAAAUACAGUCUUAAAGAUCAACCAGUAACAAACCAGCUCCACUUCUGCCUCAAACCCACUGAGGAAACUGGGCUGUCCAUCCACCGGCUGGCGGCUCGGACCCUGAUCCGUUCUCUGGAGCAGGAGGAGAGGUCAGGUGCUGCAGAUGUUGAGGGCAUCAGGAGCAGGAUGGUGGAGCUCAGUGUUCAGGCAGGAGUGAGCAGUGUUCAUACAGCCUUCAUUGCUGUUAAUAAAGACAGCAGACAGACUGUGAAAGGACCCCUGCAGCAGAGAAGAGUGCAGACACGCGGGAAUAUACGACAAGACAGGUCUCAUGCCCCACAGUACAAGACAGGUUGUAUGCCUGUAGAUCGGUCGGUCAAUAGAUGUUGCCCGUUACCAGAUAUUGAAUACGGAGCCUUGUCUGGCGCUCUACGGGUUAGGUCUAUAUUACCGCUGGGGAAACUGCGUCAAGCCCCGUCUCUUAAUCGUGAUAAAUGUGCUGGCGUAUUUUCGGCAGAUGUAGCAGAUUCCCCAAUGUUUUUACGCUCAAAGGGCCAGGAUGUUUAUUCAGAAUUGAAUCGUGCGCCCAGACGAAGAAGAGCUUCUCCUGAGCCCCAGAAGGAUCUGUUACUGCAGCUGGUUUCUCUCCAAAAGGCGUCCGGCUGCUGGGAUCUGGACGCCACACUGGCCGAUGUGUUUGGGAAGACGGAGGAUGAGCUGACCAAUCAGAAGCCAGCACAGGUGGAUGGGUCAGUAUGGGCCACUCUCCUGGCUCUGAUCUGGUUAUACGGCUGUAAAAUAGAGCAGCAGGUGGAGUGGCAGUUUGUGGCCAUGAAGGCAGCGUCAUGGAUCGGCUCUCAGAAAGUGGGUGAUCUGUCUCAGUGUGUGUGUGCGGGGAAUGUCCUGCUCGGAUGUCAGGUGACCAAAGAGACUCUGGGAAUCUGAAGACGUCUGUGUUUCUACAUCCUGAUCCCUCAGAAGACGAAAGAACAGAAACUGUUACAUCUACUGUUACUCUGUUACUUGUCUCUGUAAAAUUUGGUUAAGUAAAAUUUUAUUUUGUUCUAUUAUACACCCAAUUCUAUAUAUGUGACCUUCACAGUUUUAAUGUUUCCAAGAUGUUUGCUGUUAUGAAAUUUAAAGUCAUUUUUUCUAAUGACUUUUCUCCUGGUUUUUGUUUGUCUGUCAGUGAUUUUCUAAAGCUGUUGAUCCUCAAUCACUUAAUCAGGAUACUUUCACACUGCUGUAGAAUCAGAAAUGUUAAAUAUGGUUUUCAAUAUUUAAACGUUUUCCUUGGGAGGAAAACCUUAAUGCAUAAUAGAAUACAUUGCCGUCUUCAGAUUUUGGUAGCCCAAAAUGAAUAUACUAGGCCAACAUAAUAAUAAUAAUAAAAAAUGAUGAACCGGAUGAACUUUAUUGUGGAAAAAUCAGCAUGAUAGGCAGAAACUAGAAGCACAUCUGGAUGUAACGAUAAAAUCCAUAAUACAGAUUACACCAUGCAAUAUUCUUACAAUUUAUUUAUAUUUAUUUAUGUUUUACAAUGAAAAACAUAAAUGAAAAUGUGUCCUUUUAUUAUUAGACAAAAGACAAAAUGCUGCAUAUUUCUUUGUGAAAUUGAAAUGUUAGAAAAUAAAAAUAAUUUGAAAUUUUAUAACAAAUCCUAAGUGAAAUUAAAAAAAAUCAUACAACUAAAAGAAAUAUAUAAAUUUAAACGAAACAAUUGUCUGCUCUAUUUUAAAUUUGAAUUACUUUCCAAAAAAGAUGCUAAAUACAUAUAUUAGUAACGCGUUACUGUAACAGCCUUACUUUUGACAGUAACUAAUACUGUAACGCAUUACUUUUUAAAUAAAUUAACUCCGUUACCGUUA